AUGCAUCCUUACUCGCAUCUAUACGGACUUGAGCUUACGAAGAUUGAAAGUGUAAUUACCGUGCAUGGUCUUCGCGAUGACUAUGGUACUGCCUGGAAAUUAAACAAGAAAGAACACUGGCUUGGCACUUGGCUCUUUGAGGACGUACCUAUCCGUCAGCUUGACUUUGUAUACGCCAUAGAUGAUUCAGCCCGAAUAUUCAAGAGGGGGGGAAUCAAAGCUGAAGCACAAGAUCUAAUGCGAGAGUAUCUUGAAAAAAGACGGAACCUUCCAGAUACGGAAAUUGAUCGGCCAAUUGUGUGGGUAUGCCAUGAUAUUGGAGGCAGCAUUGUUAAAGAGGUCCUUAUCGAGGCAACCCGAGCGACGAAAAAAGAAGAUUAUGACGAUGUGGAAACAUGGCAGCAAAUAAAAGACACUCGGAGAAGAAUCGCAACGUUGACAACAGCAUUUAUAUCUCUUGAUUGUCCUCAUAGACCUCGGCCUAUGGAAAGACUCGAAGAAGAGAUACACGGUUUGAUGAUGCUUCCGGGACCUGAGAUCAACUCGGGCCUGAUGAGAAAAAUAAAGAUCAUGGCUCAUCAAGUAAACAGAACUAAUAUCCAGUUUCUAGAGACUAAUUUCUUCUCUCGAAUCGUCAACAUUAAUGUAUGCUAUUUUAUGAACAUUGAUGAACAGGAAAACAGCAAACCAACAUCAAACCACAUGACCAUGCCAGCCCUUGAGCCGGAUAAAACAUUGGGUGGAAUUGAUGACCAACAUGUUACUGGUGACGAGAUUAGGCAUUCAAUUACCAGCAAUUCGCAGUCGGUCAUGGAUCCCUCUUCGAUCACCAUAGAAAGUCCGGCUGUACCCUUCAAUAGGUACACACUGACUCUAAACAAUAUGUUUGAACUGUAUUGGAGAUAUGCUCAGGUGGGAAUAAACCAUCUGGAGCUUAUGACAGGAGAAAAAUUCUCAAGGAAAAUAUGGACAAGGUACCAUGAUAUGCUCUUCAAUCAACAUUACUAUUCUUUGAAACCUAAUACCAGCCUCAUCCACGGCCAAAUUACACUCCUCUCGAUGAUGCCGCCAAGAAAAAUGCCCACAACGCAUAUGUACCGUGAGGUCAAGGGCGAACAGAAGCUUCCUGUUCUUAAAUGGAUUGCUGAUCAAGUUACGUACAAGAACUUCAAUGAGAGUCAUGGGCCACAGGUCUUGCACAUUGAGUGUACCGCGGGAGAUCGGCCGCAUGCUUCAACCCUUUCCCAAUAUUUUUACAGCAUGCAAGAACUCAGCAGCUGGGAGACCUCGGAAUUUGGCAAUAAAACUUGCUUUUAUUUCGAAUUUGAUAAUUUCGAUGUUCGAUACAAUACCAUCCAGUCUAUGCUGAUUACAUUCAUCAACGAGAUAGCCUGGAGGUUCUGGCACAACCCUAAAGACGCUCCGACGAUUCGUCGGGUAUUUGAAAAUCUCAGCUAUCACCACAAUUGGUCACUUGCAGACCUCUUCAUGCUCUUCACCGAAGUGCGGAAAUGUCCGUCUGUUCGCGGCUUUACGCUGAUUCUGGGCUGCUGGGAUAAUUGUGUCCAAGAGGAGCGCAAAUGGUUUCUAUCGAAAGUCCUCGAACAGCAUCGCCGUAGCGAUUUGGACUAUCGACUGGUUGUUACAACAAGUGGAUCGGAAGAAUUUCUGAAGGAAAACAUCCCGAAGUCACAAGUGUUGUCUCUCAACAAUUGCCCAGUAUCGAUUCAGGGAUACGCUCUAGAUGACAAGUAUCCUCCUAGCGGACUAAGGCCAUUGUUGGAAGACUUAUUCCAAGAGCGUCCAGCUCUGAAGAAUAUUGGGGAAACGUUGGAGAAAGUGAUAGAUGAAUGCCAAGGGACGCCUUAUCUGGGAUACAUUAUCCUAAAAUGGGUUGCUCGUUUUGGACGAAAGGGUUUAGCAUCAGAUAUUGCUACCGCCGUUGAACAGCUGCGUCCCAUUACUCCAGAUCACAUUCUGGCGACCAUAAUCGAGAAGCUGUCUCCGAAAAAGCAGAAGCUGGCCCGUGUCAUUUAUCGAUGGGUCAAGUACGCAAUGGAGCCAUUGACCAUUGAAGCACUAGGCCAUGCGGUAGCAUCAUCAAUGCCGUUGGACUUCCCGCUGCUGGUGGAUGUUGACUGCGAGGGCCUAUUGGAGAAGCUUGAUAAGCUGUUCUGUGGUAUAAUAAUACUUGAUGGCCGUGAAAUUAAAUUCUCGCACGAGUCAUUCUAUAGCUGUUCAGCCUUUUCGGAACUUGGUUGUGACAACAAAGCCUCUGGUCAUGGUGAGCUCGCCAAAGCUUGCCUUAACUAUCUGCUCCGUGAAGAAGUAUUGCACAAUCAAUACUCAAAGUUCUCGACCGAAAAUCACGGAGGGGGCUUAGACAAAGACCUACUCUUUCUUCCUCGAGACGACCUGCUUGACUAUGCCGUUCGAACAUGGGCUACACACUACCAGCUAAGUGAUCAAUAUCGACCUGUUGACCUCGCCUUGCAAUUUCUACAAAACAAGCAAGCAAGAGACAAAUGGACCGAGGCACAUUAUUUGCUUUCGAACCCAUUUACACGCAUCCAUCGAAGCUAUAUUUCUCCUCUGCCCCUGAUGGCUGCAUUGGGUCUCGAAGACAUCGUCUCCCGGCAGAUCGAAGAAGACAAAGACUCUAAGUGGUUUCAGGAAGAUUGCUGGCUGUCAAUUACCGAGGCUGGGCGAGCUGGUCAUACUGCCGUACUCCGAAAGCUUCUGAAUCUUGUGCAGGCGCAAGAGCGGUGGCUACAGGACGCCAUCUACUGGUCAACAUUUUCGGGCAAUGAAAAUGUCAUGGCUGUGCUCUUGGAAAAGGUCAACUCAUUGAAUAGCUUUUCUUUUCCAAGCUCCAUUCUUCCCCUUGCUUCUGCUGCGGGCCUUGAGGACUUGGUAUCGGCCAUCCUCAAGCAAUCAGAUCACAACCUCGCCGAGCCCAAUCCAAAAAUUGGUAAUCAAACGGUUUUACAUGGCGCGAUUUACUGGGGUCGAAAAAUAAUAACCCGGCUUCUGCUAGAUUCUGGUGCUGAAAUGAACGUUCAAGAUGAUGAGGGAGAGAGCCCUUUACAGCUGUCCAUUAAAAUGGGUGACCCGGAGAUUGUCCAACUGAUCCUCGAAAGGCAGGAAAAUAUCAGUGAUGAUUCAAAGCGUGGACUGUCAUUAAUAAACGCCACCAUUACAGCAGGCGAGUUCGCGGCAUUGAGGUGUAUCCUAUUGGCAGGCGCAGACUGCAAUACUGGAGAGUCUGAGGCGAGCUCUGAUGAGUUACGAUACCCCAUUAUCCAUGCUGCAACUUAUAAAAGAAUUGGCUGCCUUCGUCUGCUGCUAGAGAACGGCGCAGAUGCAUGCAUUGAGUCUGAAGAGGGAAGUCUUUUAUAUAUACUCAGUGCCAUUCCCCAAGCCAUCGACAUUUGCCAUACUCUUCUUCAGAAAGGCGCCCUCCCUCACCAGUGUUACUUAAACAAGGAGAUGCUUUUGAACCGCGCUCUGAGAGCGAAUAAUCGGCGAUUGAUUGAGCUACUCAUCGAAAAGGGUGCUCAGCUUGAUACAACAGACACAUACAGAAGAGCAGGGCGGAUGACACCUUUGUCAUUUGCUACAACGAAUUGUUCCUUUGAGACUCUAAAAUUUCUUCUCGACAAGGGGGCUGAUCCAAACUAUGUACCAGAUGGGGGCGAGUCCACAUUGUUCGUUGCGGUCUUUCGGCGUUGCGAUUCUGCAAAGAUUGAGUUACUGUUGAAGCGAGGCGCUGAUAUCCACUGGAAGAGGUGGGAUGGCUGGACACCACUUCACGCUGCAUACGACACGCCUGAUAUAUUGCUCCUGCUGUUGGAGCAUGGCUCAGAUGUUAAUGCCAAGGCUGAAGAGGGAACGAUCUUGAUGAUGGCUUCAAGGUGGAAUUGUCCAGAGACUGUGAGACUUCUGGUAUCUCGCAAAAUCCCAUCGGUGGACUUGAAUGCCAAGCUGGAUUGGGAUAAGGACGAUUCAGACUAUGGCAAAACUGCACUAGAUCUUGCAAUCCAGAAUGGCCAUUGUGAAUGUGCAAACAUUCUGCUUGAGGCUGGAGUCAAGAUUGACGUCAACUCUGUGGCCAUCAAACACAUCAUGGGCGCAGUCACUGACAAGAAUUCUGAAGAGGAAGCGCUCAAGUUGAUAAAUCACUGCCUACAGCGGGGCAUGAAGUUGGAUGGCACGGAUGAAAUGGAUAAGACAGCCCUCCACUAUAUCACCAGGAGCACGCCGACGUCGCUGAUACGGUUUCUCAUUGACUGGGGAUGUCAGCCCCAUGCUGUGGAUAGUGACGGGCUGACGCCGCUUGCUAUCGCUGUGAGAAAUAAUAACAUAGAAGUAGUAAAACAUCUCCUCAAUAGAGGUGUCAGGGCAGAUGUCGGUGCGCCAGGUUCUGGGGACAUUUUGCACCAGGCCUUGAGGGAGAAACAUAGGGACCCGGGUGAUAUUAUCACGAUGUUGAAAGCACUCAUCGACGCUGGAGCCAGCCCUCUACAGCGAAGUCCCAAUUCCGAGGAGUCGUUACUCGACAUUGUAAUGCGAGACUUUGAAGGUUCAUCUUUGCGCAAGAUUUAUCCAUUCCUCGUCCGAAAAAUGGGUUCAGGCAUCAACAUGAAGGGCGGGCAGGGGGUAUACCCUAUCAUCAUGGCUGCUAAGCGCCGCGAGUGGGAAUUGGUCGAGAGUCUGAUCCGCCACAAAGCAGAUUGCAGUGUGGCAGACAGCUUGGGCCGUCGUCCUGUUCAUUUCAUUGCUGCUAUGUAUUCCGACGAGGACUUGGUGAGGCUCAUUUCAAAAUCUGGUACGGAUAUGCAAGCACCAGAUAGUUUCGGGCGAACUCCAUUGCAUCUUGUAGCAGGGUUCGGCUAUAGAUACACAUUGCGAGCCCUGGUAUCAACUCUUCCCAAAGAGUUUGAUGUCAAUGUUAAAGAUGCCGAUGGAUGGACACCACUCAUGUGGGCCUGCAAGUUGGAUGCUUCUAACUGGGGAGUUGUUGAGGACCUCGUGGAGAUGUACAAUGCAGACAUCUCUGUAACGAGUACCGAUGGCCAAUGGUCGCCGCUGAAGCUUGCUUGUUUCAGUGACAUGGAACCUGAGACUCAGGAGCUUUUGAAGCCUUUGGGAGGAUCUGGGGAGGGGAAUAGUCGAGAUCUAGAUACCUAUUCAGGGAUAAUGUUUGAAGGAUGGAGGUGCGACAGUUGCUUUUUGUUCAAUUUGUGCUUCAAGUGCUACCCCCGUCGAAGCGAGAUGCAUGAAGUUGGGCACGACUUUGAGGAGUAUAGAAGUCCAAGUGUAGCUGGAACAGAGAAAGCUGCGGAGUUGGAAGUUGACCAUGUAUCUGGCCACAAUUCGCAAGAAGAGGAAGAAGAAGAAGACGAUGAGGGUGAGGAUGACAUUGAAGACGAAGACGAAGACGAUUAUGAUGAUGACAAUAACGAAGACGAGGAAGAAGAUGUAGAUGGAGGUGGGGAUGGCGAUGGCGAUGACAUUUAG